GCGGGCGCUGGCGCGGGGCCGGGAGCGGUGGCCGCGGGCCGGGCGGGCACCGGCCCGAUGCGGCGGCGGGAGAAGCGGCUGCUGCAGGCGGCGGCGCUGCUGCUGGCGGCGCUGGUGGCGGCGCCCAGCGUGGGGCUGUGGACGCUGCACCGCGAGCGGCCGCCCGACGGCUCCCCCGGGGCGGCCCCCUGGCAGGGUUCACAUGCCCACCGGAAGACGACGGGAGCAGGGCUGGCCCUGAAGGACUGGCAUGACCUGGAAGCCAUGAGGGCGGAUGCGCUGCGAGUCGGGCCCGGCGAGCAGGGGAAGCCCUACCCCAUGACGGACGCCGAGAGAGUGGAGCAGGCCUACCGGGACAAUGGUUUCAACAUCUACGUCAGCGACCGGAUCUCCCUGAACCGCUCCCUCCCGGACAUCCGGCACCCGAACUGCAACCACAAGGGCUACCUGGAGACGCUGCCCAACACCAGCAUCAUCAUCCCCUUCCACAACGAGGGCUGGUCCUCCCUGCUGCGCACCGUGCACAGCGUGCUCCACCGCUCGCCGCCCGAGCUGCUGGCCGAGGUGCUGCUGGUGGACGACUUCAGCGACAGAGAGCACCUGCAGAAGCCUCUGGAAGACUACAUGGCACAGUUCCCCAACGUCAAGAUCCUCCGCGCCAAGAAGAGGGAGGGGCUGAUCAGGACCCGGAUGCUGGGGGCCGCGGCCGCCACCGGGGACGUCAUCACCUUCUUGGACUCCCACUGCGAGGCCAAUGUCAACUGGCUGCCGCCCCUGCUGGACCGCAUCGCUCGGAACCGCCGGACCAUCGUGUGCCCCAUGAUCGACGUCAUCGACCACGACGACUUCCACUACGAGACGCAGGCGGGGGACGCCAUGCGGGGCGCCUUCGACUGGGAGAUGUACUACAAGCGCAUCCCCAUCCCGCCCGAGCUGCAGAAGGCCGAUGCCAGCGACCCCUUCGAGUCACCCGUGAUGGCCGGAGGGCUGUUUGCCGUGGACCGGAAGUGGUUCUGGGAGCUGGGAGGGUACGACGCAGGCCUGGAGAUCUGGGGCGGGGAGCAAUAUGAGAUCUCCUUCAAGGUGUGGAUGUGCGGGGGCCGCAUGGAAGACAUCCCUUGCUCCCGCGUGGGCCACAUCUACCGCAAGUAUGUGCCCUACAAGGUGCCCGCCGGAGUCAGCCUGGCCCGGAACCUGAAGCGUGUGGCGGAGGUGUGGAUGGACGAGUACGCCGAGCACAUAUACCAGCGGAGGCCCGAGUACCGGCACCUCUCGGCCGGGGACGUGUCCGCGCAGAAGCAGCUCCGCGCCCGGCUCGGCUGCAAGAGCUUCAAGUGGUUCAUGACCGAGAUCGCCUGGGACCUGCCCAAGUACUACCCGCCCGUGGAGCCGCCCGCCGCCGCCUGGGGGGAGUUACGCAACAUGGGCACGGGGCUGUGCGCGGACACCAAGCACGGGCCCUCGGGCUCCCCGCUGCGGCUGGACAGCUGCGUGCUGGGCCUCGGCGAGGCUGCCUGGAGCAGCAUGCAGCUGUUCACGCUCACCUGGAGGGAGGACAUCCGGCCUGGGGACCCCCAGCACACCAAGAAGCUCUGCCUGGACGCCGUGUCACACACGAGCCCCGUCACACUCUACGACUGCCACAGUAUGAAGGGGAACCAGCUGUGGAGAUACCGCCCGGACAAGAGCCUGUACCACCCGGUGAGCGGCAGCUGCAUGGACUGCAGUGCGGGGGAUCGGCGGGUCUUCAUGAGCACCUGCGACCCCUCGUCUCCCACCCAGCGGUGGCUGUUCCAGUUCACCAACGCCACAGUCCUGGGCCAGUUCAGCGGGUCCUGAGCCGCCGCCUCUGCCCUGUCCGCCG